AAGAGUCCCGGUUUACGCGAGCAGAAAACCCGUCAUAGGAAGCAGGACAUGGCAACGGCAGGACAUAGGUCUCCCACCAAAGUGGAGCAGAGCUGCUACGAUGGGUCUCUCACCAAGGUUCCCCUGGUUGACUCUGACAGCAAAUCAAGCAAUGUUGACAACCUGACGGCAGCACAAAAGGUCAAUCUGAAGGACGCUGCAACACAGAAAUCUUCCUCAGAUGUCCAUAAAGCAAGCCACCGUGGCGGGAAACCCUACAUUUGUGGGGAGUGUGGAUACAGGACGACUAGAAAGUCUGACUUAUCCCGACAUAAGAGAACCCAUACUGGAGAAAAACCCUUUAUGUGUAACCAGUGUGACUAUUCUGCAGCACAGAAAUCCCAUUUAGACGAGCAUCGCAUAAAUCACACCGGUGAGAAACCCUACAUGUGUGGGGAGUGUGGGUUCAAGACAGCGCGAAAGUCUGACUUAUCCCGACAUAUAAGAACCCAUACUGGAGAAAAACCCUUUAAGUGUAACCAGUGUGACUAUUCUGCAGCACGGAAAUCCCAUUUAGACGAGCACCGCAUAAAACACACCGGUGAGAAACCCUACAUGUGUGGGGAGUGUGGGAACAGGACAACUCAUCAAUCCUACUUGUCCAAACAUAUGAAAACUCAUACAGGUGAAAAACCCUACAAGUGUGACCAGUGCGACUAUUCUGCAGCACUGAAAAGCAAUUUGGACAACCAUAUAGCAGCAAAACACACUGGAGAGAAACCGUACAUGUGUGGGGAAUGUGGAUACCGGGCAGUUCAAAAGUCAAAGUUAUCCAUACAUAUGAGAACCCACACUGGAGAAAAACCGUAUAAGUGCGACCAGUGUGACUAUUCUGCAGCACAGGCUUCUACUUUGGUCAGUCAUUUGGCAGCGAAGCACACUGAUGAGAAACCCUACAAGUGUGAGCAAUGCGACUAUUCUGCAUCAGUGAAACGCAAUCUAGAACACCAUAUAGCAGCAAAACACACUGAUGAGAAACCCUACAUGUGUGGUGAGUGUGGGUACAGGACAGUUCUAAAGUCUAAGUUAUCCAGACAUAUGAGAACCCAUACCGGAGAGAAACCCUACAAGUGUGACCAGUGCGACUAUUCUGCAGCACAGAAAAACAAUUUGGACAACCAUAUAGCAGCAAAACACAGUGGUGAGAAACCAUACACAUGCGAGGAAUGUGACUAUUCUGCAGCACAGAAGGCCACUCUGAACAACCAUAUUGCAACAAAGCACACCGGUGAGAAACACUACAUGUGUGGGGAGUGUGGGUACAGGACAGCUCAAAAGUCUACGUUAUACCAACACAUCAGAACUCAUACAGGAGAAAAACCCUACAAGUGUGAUCAAUGUGACUUUUCUGCUGCAGUAAAAGUUAACUUGGUUACUCAUCAAACAACACAUACCGGGGACAAACCCUACAUGUGUGGGGAGUGUGGGUAUAGGGCAGCUCAAAGGUCUACUUUAUCCAAACACAUGAGAACCCACACAGGAGAAAAACCUUACAAGUGUGACAAGUGCGAAUAUUCUACAGCACAGAAAGUCAAUUUGGACAACCAUAUAGCAGCAAAACACACCCGCGAGAAACCCUACAUGUGUAGGGAGUGUGGGUUUAGGACAGCUCGGAAGUCAAACUUGUCCAAACAUAUGGAAACCCAUACAAGAUAAUGACCCAACAAUGAUAAUCCGAUUGACUUUUACUAAAUCGUCUGUUGAUAAAGUUUUUUCCAGUACUUUACAAAACGUGGGAGAAAACCCAUGUUAUCAUUGUCACUACUCUGCGAUGUGUGACUGAAAUUUGAUAUGUAACAUCGGUAAAACUGAUGACAAUCCGGCUUUACGGG